CUUCCUUUCUCCGCCUCUCCCAGUUUUUCGCCUUCUCAGUUUGUAACUUCUCUUUACAGCGAUGGGGAAGCCGAAGCACUAUCGACCGCCGGGAAAGAAGAAGGAAGGAAAUGCUGCGAGAUACGUGACGAGGUCACAAGCGAUUAAACUCCUUCAAGUCAGCCUCUCAGAUUUCAGGAAAUUAUGCAUUCACAAAGGAGUUUUUCCAAGGGAGCCGAAGAAGAAGGUGAAAGGGAACCAUCAUACAUACUAUCACUUGAAGGAUGUUAUGUACAUUCUUCACGAUCCAUUACUCGAGAAGUUUAGAGAAAUAAGGGCAUAUAAAAAGAAGAUAAAGAAAGCUAAAGCGAAAAAGAAUGAUGAGUUAGCGAGACUUCUUCUAUCUCGGGCACCUUCUUACAAGCUUGAUAUGGUCAUCCGGGAUAGGUAUCCAACAUUUGUUGAUGCGCUUAGAGACUUGGAUGACCCUCUUACAAUGGUGCACCUGUUUGCAAUGUUGCCUGCCAUUGAUAGGCUGAAAAUUGAAGUGAAGCGCAUCCAUAAUUGUCGAAGGUUGUGUCAUGAGUGGCAAGCCUAUAUUUCUCGUACUCAUAAAUUACGGAAGGUUUUUGUGGCUGUAAAGGGUAUAUAUUAUCAGGCUGAGGUUGAGGGUCAAAAAAUCACAUGGUUAGCGCCACAUGCACGGCAACAAGUAUUGACCGAUGAUGUUGACUUCAAUGUUAUGUUAACAUUUUUGGAAUUCUAUGAGGCACUUCUUGGUUUUGUCAAUUUUCAACUUUAUCAUUCUAUAAAUGUGAAGUAUCCUCCUAUUCUUGAUCCUCGGUUGGAAGCUCUGGCAGCAGAUCUCUAUGCAUUGUCAAGGUAUUUUGAUGCUAACUAUAAAACCUCUUUACAAGAACCUCAAGUUGCUGGUUCGUCUAUAUCGGAGCAAGAGCAGGAGGAGUCUAACUUAAGACUUGCUCAACUUCAGCAUCAACUGCCUGCAAAUGAACCUGGUGCACUGAUGCACCUUGUUCAAGGUGCAGCUAUUGAAACUGAAGAAGAUGAAGCUACAAGGGACUGCAAAAAACUUUUCCAAAAUAUGAAAAUUUUCUUGAGUCGUGAGGUUCCGAGAGAGUCUUUGCUUUUUGUCAUUCCUGCUUUUGGAGGUAUUGUUUCCUGGGAAGGAGAUGGAGCUCCAUUUGCGGAAGCUGAUGGCAGCAUUACUCAUCAGAUUGUCGACAGACCAACCCAGGGUCAUGUAUAUCUUUCAAGAGAAUAUGUUCAACCUCAGUGGAUUUAUGACUCUUUAAAUGCACGGAUCAUCUUGCCAACUGAGGCAUAUAUGGUUGGGAGGGAUCCACCUCCACAUCUAUCACCUUUUGUUGAUAAUGAGGCUGAAGGUUAUGUUCCUGAUUAUGCCAAGACCAUUAAAGAACUACAGGCUGCUGCAAAAAAUGAUGUUCAACCGUUUCCUGGUAUGGGAAAUGAUGUCUUGGAUAACUCUCAAAAUAUGUUGGCUGAAGGGUAUAUCAGUAGAACAGAGGCUAUGGAAGCUGCUGAGAAGAAGCAAAAGAUGAUGCUUCUGGAGAAGCAGUAUCAUGAUGAUUUGAAAAUGGAACUUCAGGGUGUAUCAAGUAUAAAUAAGCAGAGCUCUGCAGAGGACAUGGAGUCUAAGGAAGAAUUGCUUCGUGAUGUGCAACAAAGUGCCAUGGAUUCCGAGGAUCUGUCAAGACUCAUGAUGUCACGUAAAAAGAGGGGCCUUGCUAAAGCCAUUGAGAUGCACAAGCAACGGAAGAAGGAUCAUGUUGAAAAACUCAAGGAGCGAAAGAGGAAUACUGAAGCAGCUCAGAAAUCUGAGAAGAAGCAUAAAAGAGCUUAAAUUUCGUGAUUUUUGUAAUAUUGCUUGGUUACAGAGCUAGUGUUUGUAAGUCAUUUUGCCAAUUAGUCUUGUGAUUGGCUAAAAUUUUGCCAAGUUAUGUAUGAUUUUAUUUAUAUUUGAAUAUAAAAAAACCCCCAUAUUUCCAA